GAUGCUUAUUGUUAACACAUUUCGGGCUUUGGGGCCCCUGGGGGUCGUACCAAUUACCGGCGCCAGUUUCUGGUGUCGCUUAUUUUGUGCCAUUGCUUUUGCAAACCUGAUGAUGCUGGCGUGGCUGAGCAAAUACAGAGAGAUUCAGCCGUGUUUUGCUGUUCUUGGUAACGCUUCACAUACAGCCACAACCCCACCAGAUUCGUGGAUGAACAUUACUAAUCUAAAAUGUACUCAUAAUAUAAAGGAGAUAGACGACUGCUUUUUAUUGAACAAUUCGAAAGCAUUUAUCCCGUUUGAGGAAAUCAGGGUUCUAUACGAGCUUUUCGGCUCACUCCAAGUGGAAUCCAAGACAUUGCACAUUUUCCAUUCAAAUUCGCCCAUCCCAUCACUGACCUACACACAUGAUCCAGUCGGACAUUACAUGUUUUUCGACGAAUACAAUGUCGAGAAGCGGUCACGUGUCAAGUUAAUCACCGCUGACGAAGGCAUUCCUCUUUCUGUUCAGUGGAACCGGAAUGGCUACCCAUAUCCAAUUCAAAUCGCGCAGUUCGGUCUAAGUCAUUUCUCUAAGUUGGUCCGUCUAAUGAAUUCCACCGGCACUUCUAGCGCUUCUACUCUACCAGCAACAUUGCCACUCAGUCUGGAUCUACUGACUCCUGCAGACGGAGUACUGCAUCAUUCAAAACCACAAUCUUGGUUACCGGUCGGUAACAAGGACGGGACGUAUAAAUUCUCAGUCGCCCAACCCGCACGCAGUCAUCAUGCGGCUGUGGCUAUCACUAUGAAGUUAGGCGAAGAGACGCGCCUCUGGAGAUAUUUUGUCCUCUAUGGUGACAACUGGCACAACGGCAGUUCGGUCCACUUGCGUGUAUCUUGGCUCCGCGGCAGCAAUCGUACACACUCCGAUAAACUAGUUUCUAAGGAGCUCGUGUACGCUUGUCAAGCUUCUCCUGAAAGCAGCCAAAAUCGAGAUCUUUUUCUUUCCGUUUCGCAUGACAAAAAUUCCGCUGUAUUUUGGAUGCCAUCAUGUGGAAUGCUUUCCGAUUCAAGCAACUCCAAACACAACGUUACGUUGUCUCGUGAUCUUGUUUAUGAUUUGCUCAAAGCUUUCGGUCAAGAGAUCUUUAUGCCGUUCCCAAGUUCCAACGAUCAAAAUAGUGCUCAGUCUUUGGAUUCCAUCCUUGUGUUUGUGGAUUUGAUUGAACUCCAUGCCGGAGCUUAUGGCUCUGGUGGCGGCGGCUAUGUUAGCAAAAUGCUUCUUGGAAAAUCUGCUCCACAUGACACCAAGCUCUCCUCGGUCGAUUUGAUGGCGGAACGCCUGUUCCACCACACUCGCUUUCUGGCUGCAGUCAAAUGGUUCGUCGAUCAUCAGGAAGAGGAUGGCACGUGGCGAAUCCCCGUUGUUCAUCAUCUGCGCAGGCGCCCUUCUCUAAAACCUGGUUGGCCAUCAGCCAUGGCGCAAGGUCAUGGAAUUUCGCUUCUGGUUCGAGCUUAUUCUGUUCUCAAAACUCCAGUUUAUUUGGAAAGGGCUCGUCGCGCUCUUAUAAGCUAUAACCGCACAGUACGUGAAGGUGGCAUUUUGGCGUAUGUUUUGGGACAGCGUUCUUUCCCGUGGUUCGAAGAAUAUCCAUCGGAUCCAGGCAACCACGUUUUAAACGGAUUCAUCUAUUCUCUGAUUGGUCUAUACGAUCUUGCCCAGGUAGAUCCUGAUGCUCAAUCAAAAACCUAUGCCAAUCACCUGUGGACCAGUGGUUUGACAUCAUUGUCUACUCUUCUCUCACUGUUCGAUUCCGGCACGGGUAGUUUUUACAACUUGGCUCACGUCGGUGUGGUCACACCAACUACCGCCGACGCUUCCACCUUAAACCUUCGAGAAGACGACGGAAACCGAUUGGAUUUGGGUCCGAACCGCGCUCGAUGGAGCUAUCACGCGUUGCACGUUCAGCAGCUGAGAACACUCGCUUUUUUAGAUCCAGUCCACUCUGUGCAAUGGCUUGAUACCUCCAUACGCUGGGCGUCCUACAUGGAGGGUUUCCGUUCACCACAUAAUUAGCGUACCACUCGACUUUCUUCAUUGACUGUCCAGUAACAUUUUCGAUGUGUCCAAAGAUUAUCCCCCCCCUAACCACACAUACCACCGAUAUUUCCUUCAUGUUUUCAGCUAUUUUUUGAUAUUUUCCAUCUUUCCUUCUCCUAGGAUGAACUUUGUCUUUCUCGUAAAAUAUACCGCAAGCCUCCUGCCCCAGUUCACCACUUUCAAGUAAGAGGACUCGGGUAGUUAGGACUUUUUACUCAUCUGGAGGACCCUUUUAUCAUCUUUUGGUCAUCAUCAAUACACGUUAGCCGAUGGUGAGAAACACACGUCAGCUAAUGUCCCGUAAUACGAAAAGG